GGCUCCGCCGCUCCCUGCAACGCACCGGGGCGAUCGCGGCCGCCGCUGCUGCCGCCGCCGCCGCUGCUGCCGCCGCCGCAGGCACGGGCGCGGGUAGCGGAGCCAUGGCCGAGGGCGAGGACCUGCAGACCUUCACCUCCAUCAUGGACGCGCUCGUCCGCAUCAGCACCAGCAUGAAGAACAUGGAGCGGGAGCUGGUGUGCCCGGUGUGCAAGGAGAUGUACAAGCAGCCGCUGGCGCUGCCCUGUACCCACAACGUGUGCCACGUGUGUGCCAGCGAGGUGCUGCUGCAGCACGGCCACCUCUACUGCGACCCCACCUCGGAGCCCACCUCGCCUGCAGCCACCCCGUCCACCCGCAGCCCCCGCCUGGGCCGCAGGGCUGUCCCCAAGCCCGACCGGCUGGACCGCCUGCUCAAGUCAGGCUUCGGCACCUACCCGGGGCGCAAGCGGGGUGCCGUGCACCCCCAGACCGUCAGCUUCCCGUGCCCCGCCUGCCAGCGGGACGUGGACCUGGGCGAGCGGGGCCUGGGCAGCCUCUUCCGCAACCUGACGCUGGAGCGGGUGGUGGAGCGCUACCGGCAGACCAUCAACAUCAGCGCGGCCAUCAUGUGCCAGUUCUGCAAGCCCCCGCAGCUGGAGGCCACCAAGGGCUGCACGGAGUGCAAGUCCAGCUUCUGCAAUGAGUGCUUCAAGCUCUACCACCCCUGGGGCACGCAGAAAGCCCAGCAUGAGCCCACGCCCCCCACCCUCACCUUCCGCCCCAAGGGGCUGAUGUGCCCGGAGCACAAGGAGGAGGUGACUCACUACUGCAAGACCUGCCAGCGGCUGGUGUGCCAGCUGUGCCGCGUGCGCCGCACCCACACCAGCCACAAGAUCACCCCGGUGCUCAGCGCCUACCAGGCCCUCAGGGAGAAGCUGACAAAGAGCCUCGCCUACAUCCUGAGCAGCCAGGACACGGUGCAGACCCAGAUUGCUGAGCUGGAGGAGACGGUGAAGCACACGGAGGUAAACGGCUCACAGGCCAAGGAAGAGGUGUCCCAGCUGAUCCAGGGGCUCUGUGCCAUGCUGGAGGAGAAGCGUGCCACGCUGCUGCAGGCCAUCGAGGAGUGCCAGCAGGAGCGGCUGGCCAGCCUGCACGGCCAGAUCCGGGAGCACCAGGCCAUGCUGGAGAACUCGGGCAUGGUGGGCUAUGCCCAGGAGGUGCUGAAGGAGACUGACCACCCCUGCUUUGUCCAGGCUGCCAAGCAGCUGCACAACAGGAUCCUCAGGGCCACCGAUUCGCUGCAGAGCUUCCGUCCUGCAGCCAACGCCUCCUUCAGCCACUUCCAGCUGGAUGUCAGCAGGGAGCUGAAGCUGCUCACUGACCUGGCCUUCAUCCGAGCGCCCGAGGCCCCCGUCAUCGACACGCAGCGCACCUACACCUACGACCAGAUCUUCCUGUGCUGGCGGCUGCCGCAGCACUCGCCGCCCGCCUGGCACUACACCGUGGAGUUCCGCAAGACCGACGCCAAGGCCAAGGGGCUGAAGCUGUGGCAGCGGCGGGAGGAGGUGAGGGGCACCUGCGCCCUCGUCGAGUACCUGGACACCGACAGCGUCUACGUGCUCCGCGUGAAGGGCUACAACAAGGCGGGCUUCGGGGACUACAGCGAGGACAUCUACCUGCACACGCCGCCCGCCCCAGUCCUCAACUUCUUCCUGGACAACCGCUGGGGCUUCAACCGGGACCGGCUGGCCAUCAGCAAGGACCAGCGCGCGGUGCGCAGCGUCCCCGGCAUCCCCAUGCUCUUCGCCGCCGAGCGCCUGAUGACCAGCUGCCACCUCUCCAUCGACCUGGUCAUCGGCGACGUGGCCAUCACCCAGGGCAAGAGCUACUGGGCCUGCUGCGUGGACCCCAGCUCCUACCUGGUCAAGGUGGGCGUGGGGCUGGAGAGCAAACUGCAGGAGUGGUUCCAGGUGCCGCAGGACGUGGUGAGCCCCAGGUACGACCCCGACAGUGGCCACGACAGCGGGGCAGAGGACACGACGGUGGAGGCUCCUCCUCCCUACGCCUUCCUCACCAUCGGCAUGGGCAAGAUCCUGCUGUCGCACGGCUCGGCCCUCACGUCCCGCGACCCCAACGGCUGCACCGUGCCCUUGCCCCCUCGCAUUGGCAUCUGCCUGGACUACGAGCAGGGCAAGGUGAGCUUCUACGACGCCGUGUCCUUCCGCGAGCUCUGGGAGUGCGGCGUGGACUGCUCGGGGCCCGUCUGCCCCGCCUUCUGCUUCAUCGGAGGGGGGGCCCUGCACCUCCAGGAGCUGGUGGCCAACAAGCAGGAGAGGAAAGUGACCAUCGGGAACUUCGCCAAGCUGGACUGAGCCAUGCCCGCGGUCCCCACGUGCCCCAUGGGGGACACACGUGGGAGCAGAGCGGAGCAGGGGCGGCCCUGCCACCGCUGGGGACAGGCCAGGUGUUUGUUUUGUGGGACGGGGGGAUGGGGACAGCUUUGC